UCUUCCAACUUGAAGCUCUCAUGAAAGAACGGUAUUAUUAGUUAUUAUUUAUUCACUAACGGAAGUAUCGGAGUUCUUAACUACUGUAAACCCUAGAUUAUUCUCCGUUCAACCAUGGCAUCUUUUCAUCGAAAUAUGCACGACGUUAACUUAAAGCCCUGCUUGCUUGAGUCAUUGACGAGAAGGCUGAAGACGUCUCUUAAAGGACAAUUGGACGCCCCAUUGAUCCAUUCUAUAAUUAAUUCCAAGCUUGAGACCUACCAGUUGUUAAACGAGCCCUCCGCUGCAGACUCUGUGGACGACAAGCUAAUCAAAAACUGGAAGAAGGCUGUAGAUUCAUGGAUAGAUUAUUUGCUGACACUCGUCUCCUCGAAUUUGCCAGAUAAGUGUUGGGUUGGACUGCUUUUACUUGGGGUGACUAGUCAGAGGUGCAGUGCCGAGCGAUUUCUGGUAUCAUAUUCGGUUUGGCUUCAUAAGAUACAAUUGCAUAUUCAGUCUCUGGAAGGUUCUCAAAUUGUAAAGGUGGCUGCUUGUUCAUCUCUAUCUGACCUUUUCACAAGAUUAGGCGGAUUUCCAAAAGCAACAAAGGAGGGGGCAUCACAUGCAAUCAAACUUGUUGAACCAGUGCUUAAGUUAUUGAAUGGAGAUACCUCAGAACCUGUACAGGAAGGUGCUAUUUAUCUAUUAUGUGCCAUGAUAACUUCCUUUCCAUCUUCCAUCAAUCGGUAUUAUGAUGCUGUUGAAUCUGCAAUUGUUUCAAAAAUCUUGUCAAGCAAGUUCGAUGAACAGUUAGUGAAGGAACUUGUUUAUAGCUUGGCAUUACUUCCAAAAUCAAGAGGUGACGCGGAGAGCUGGUCAUUGAUGAUGUUGAAAUUAUUAUACUCAAUCAAUAUCCAAUUAAAGGAUGCUUUUGAGGGCAUCGAGGAAGAGUCCAGAACUAAAGAGGCUAUUAACCAACUAGUACUUCCAGGAAAGGAGCCUAUAUCUUCACUAGGAGGUUUAUCGUUAGAAAUAUCAGGCCGGAAAUUGAAGUCUGAGGGGUUGCUGACCAACAAUCUCACAUCAUUAAUGGAUUGUUGUUGUGCAUUGCUUGCAAAUUCUUAUCCUGUUCAGGUUCCAGCUUUUGUAGUUCGUCCCUUACUAGCCCUUGUGGGGAGGGUGCUAAUGGUUGAUGGUUCCAUCCCUGAAAGCUUACUUGCUUUCAUGACAGACAUGCAACAAGAGCUUAUAUGUUCACAACUUCCAGUGUUGCAUUCCCAUGCUUUAGACCUUCUCUCUGCAGUAGUGAGAACACUAAGAAGUCAAAUUAUACCCCAUGCUGCACAUGUCACACGGCUGCUCAUGGAGUACUUCAAGAAAUGUGUAUUGCCAGCCCUAAGAAUAAAGGUGUACACGAUUGCAAAGGUUCUAAUGAUAUCCAUGGGAGCAGGCAUUUCAGCAUCCAUCAGGCAGGAAAUUGUGAAUAAUGCACUUAAAGAUUUGGACUUUACUGGUCGUGAGGGUGAGGAAGGCUCUCAAGCAGAUACAAAAGACCGUAGUGAGGCAUUGCUGCGGAGAUGCCACAAGAAAAGGAAAACUGCUACUGGUUUUUGUGAAGAUCCUGCAAUGGAUGUGCACAAAAGUUCUGCAUCAAUAUCUGUUAAGAUAGCUGCUUUAGAUGCACUAGAAACCCUUCUUACAGUGGCUGGUGCUUUGGGAGCUGGGAGUUGGCGAUCAACUAUUGAUCAUCUUUGUAUCAAUGUUGCUACAACUGCUUGUCGAGAUGGAUGGCAUUUGGAGGAAAUGAAUAUUAAUUAUUCUGGGAAACCUGAGGCAACAUUGUUAGAUUUUCAGCUAGCAUCAUUGCGAGCACUGUUGACAUCUUUUCUUUCCCCAACUGGCGUUCGUCCCCCAUUUUUAGCACAAGGUCUCGAGCUUUUUAACAGAGGUAAGCAAGAAACAGGAACUAAGCUUGGUCAGUUCUGUGUUCAAGCACUUUCAUCUUUGGAAGUUCUCGUUCAUCCUAGGGCCCUUCCAUGGAUAGAUUUCUUACCUGCAGGCUAUUCUUAUGAUGUCAAAACAAAUGUUCCAUUUUCUUCCGGUACCCAGAUAAACGGUCUGGCAAAUUCCAAUUCCCAACAUGAUGAAAUUCACGCUAUGUGGUCAGAAAACGAAGAUGAAACUGGAAUCCCAGCGACAUAUGUUGGAAAUAAUACAAAUAACGUAGAAAGACCUUCGGAAACACUAUCUGCUAUGGAAACUGAAACUCUAGCACCAGUCAGUUUGUCAAAUGGAACCAAACCCACAGUGAAUGAACUCGUUAAGGGAACUGAGAAGAUAACUACAGUUGACGACACUUCAGUUACUCAACCAGCUGACAAAAUUGUUUCAGAAAUUAAGGAAUUGAGUGGUGCCGAGGAAACUUCAAAGGCUUCUGAAGAUAAUGAUACCAAAGAAACUACGAAAGUUGACAUGAACAAGUCUCUUCCUGUUAAUGUCGAUGAUGACGACGACUCGUCUAUGGACUCACUACCUGAUAUUAUGGAUGGGGAUCCAGACUCUGAUUAGGCAGUUAUUUUUGCUUUUCUGUUGUAAGAUUAUAGGCCUCUUACAAUUUUGGAUUUUGAUGAGAAUAUUUUAAAGUUUUUGUAGGUUCUUUGAAAGACAAAGACCUCUUGAUUUUCCAGUUUUAAAUUAUCAGUGUGAUUUAUUUUUUAUGUUA